AUGGGUGCACUUAACAAGAAUAUUGAGUUGAUUGUUGAUUGUGGGGUUGAUUUCCUGAUUGAAAAAGAGUUGGUUAUCAUGCCUUCUAUUAGAAAUAUGAAUGAGGAACAAGGGAAUCAUGACAAUAAUAGGGAGAAAGAUGAAUUCACGACUGAGACUGAUAACGAGCGAUAUAAGCUUCUAUCUGACGAUGGUAGUAAAGAGCAAGAAGAUGAACUUCUGAUUGAGACUGACAUUGAAGAACAUGAUCAAACUAAUGAGAAUGGUAAGGAUAAUGAAAUUGUCUUUCCUUUGAAUAUUGAUGAUCCAGGGAAUUGGGAUAAGAUUGAUCAAAAUCUUAGGGACAUGUUAGUGGAAAGAGGUCCUAAAAGAGUUGAUGAUGUUGCAUUUCCGAAAGAUAAUUCAGGGUGUGCACAGUUUGAUGUGCUUUUAGGUGCAUUGAGCACUCUUAAACUUGAUGUUGAUGACAUAAGGGGACAAGGUUAUGACAACAGUUCAAAUAUGAAAGGCAAAAAUAAAGGCGUGCAAAGCAGAGUACUUGACAUAAAUCCUAGAGCAUUUUACACUCCAUGUGGUUGUCAUAGCCUUAAUCUUGCACUUUGUGAUAUAGUCAACUGUUGUCCUAGAGCUAUGUCUUUUUUUGGAGUGGUACAACGUAUAUAUACAUUUUUCUUAUCCUCAACAAAGCGAUGGAAAGUUUUUAUAGAUCAUGUGCAAGGAAGUCACACCCUCAAACUGUUGUCACAAACUCGUUGGGAAAGUCAUAUUGAAAGUGUUAAACCCAUAAGAGAAAGUGCUCAACAAAUAAGAGAUGCUUUGAUUCACUUGGCAAAUACUAGUGAAGGUCCUAAGUCAAAGAGUGAAGCCGAAUCCCUAACAAUCCAUGAGCUGGAGAAUUUUGAGUUCUUGUUUGGUAUGGUUAUUUGGCAUGAAUUGUUGUUUGCUAUUAAUAUUGUUAGCAAAACUCUUCAAAAAGAAGACAUGCAUAUUGAUGUUGCUAUUGAUCAAUUGAAAUGGCUUAUAUCCAUUCUUGAUCAGUAUAGAGAAACUGGAUUUUAA